AUGGUCCUGGCUCCCCAGUGCAUGGUCCUGGCUCCCCAGUGCAUGGUCCUGGCUCCCCAGUGCAUGGUCCUGGCUCCUCAGUGCAUGGUCCUGGCUCCCCAGUGCAUGGUCCUGGCUCCCCAGUGCAUGGUCCUGGCUCCCCAGUGCAUGGUCCUGGCUCCCCAGUGGGCGUGUCCCUGCCCUUCCAAGCCCACCCAUGGCUCCACCCCUACCCAGUCAUGCUCUACCCCAUGCUCCAUCCCUGUCCCCAUCCAGGCCCCAGUCCCCAACCCCUGCUCCAUCCCUGUCCCCAUCCAGUCCCCAGUCCCCACCCCCUGCUCCAUCCCUGUCCCCAUCCAGUCCCCAGUCCCCACCCCCUGCUCCAUUCCUGUCCCCACCCAGUCCCCAGUCCCUACCCCCUGCUCCAUCCAUGUCCCCACACAGUCCCCAGUCAUCAGUCCCUACCCGAUGCUCCACCCCUGUCACCACCCAGUCCCUACCCCCAGCUCCAUCCCUGUCCCCACCCAGUCCCCACCCCCUGCUCCAUCCAGUCCCCACCCCCUGCUCCAUCCCUGUCCCCACCCAGUUCCCAGUACCUACCCCCUGCUCCAUCCCUGUCCCCAUCCAGUCCCCAGUCCCUACCCCCUGCUCCAUCCCUGUCCCCAUCCAGUCCCCAGUCCCUACCCCCUGCUCCAUCCCUGUCCCUACCCCCUGCUCCAUCCCUGUCCCCACCCAGUCCCUACCCCCAGCUCCAUCCCUGUCCCCAUCCAGUCCCCACCCCCUGCUCCAUUCCUGUCCCCACCCAGUCCCCAGUCCCUACCCCCUGCUCCAUCCAUGUCCCCACCCAGUCCCCAGUCAUCAGUCCCUACCCCAUGCUCCAUCCCUGUCCCCACCCAGUCCCUACCCCCAGCUCCAUCCCUGUCCCCAUCCAGUCCCCACCCCCUGCUCCAUCCCUGUCCCCACCCAGUCCCUACCCCCAGCUCCAUCCCUGUCCCCAUCCAGUCCCCACCCCCUGCUCCAUCCCUGUCCCCACCCAGUCCCCACCCCCUGCUCCAUCCAGUCCCCACCCCCUGCUCCAUCCCUGUCCCCACCCAGUUCCCAGUACCUACCCCCUGCUCCAUCCCUGUCCCCAUCCAGUCCCCAGUCCCUACCCCCUGCUCCAUCCCUGUCCCCAUCCAGUCCCCAGUCCCUACCCCCUGCUCCAUCUCUGUCCCUACCCCCUGCUCCAUCCCCGUCCCCAUCCAGUCCCCACCCCCUGCUCCAUCCCUGUCCCCACCCAGUCCCCAGUCCCUACCCCAUGCUCCAUCCCUGUCCCCACCCAGUUCCCAGUCCCUACCCCUUGUCCCCAUCCAGUCCCUACCCCCUGCUCCAUCCCUGUCCCCAUCCAGUCCCUACCCCCUGCUCCAUCCCUGUCCCCACCCAGUCCCCACCCCCAUGCUCCAUCCCUGUCCCCACCCAGUUCCCAGUCCCUACCCCUUGUCCCCAUCCAGUCCCUACCCCCUGCUCCAUCCCUGUCCCCAUCCAGUCCCUACCCCCUGCUCCAUCCCUGUCCCCAUCCAGCCCCUACCCCCUGCUCCAUCCCUGUCCCCACCCAGUUCCCAGUCCCUACCCCCUGCUCCAUCCCUGUCCCCAUCCCCAGUCCCUACCCCCUGCUCCAUCCCUGUCCCCAUCCAGUCCCUACACCAUGCUCCAUCCCUGUCCCCACCCAGUUCCCAGUCCCUACCCCCUGCUCCAUCCCUGUCCCCAUCCAGUCCCUACCCCCUGCUCCAUCCCUGUCCCCAUCCAGUCCCUACCCCCUGCUCAAGCCCUGUCCCCAUCCAGGCCCUACCCCCUGCUCCAUCCCUGUCCCCAUCCAGUCCCUACCCCCUGCUCCAUGCCUGUCCCCACCCAGUCCCUACCCCCUGCUCCAUCCCUGUCCCCAUCCAGUCCCUACCCCCUGCUCCAUCCCUGUCCCCACCCAGUCCCUACCCCCUGCUCCAUCCCUGUCCCCAUCCAGUCCCUACCCCCUGCUCCAUCCCUGUCCCCACCCAGCCAGGAGUAAUGCAUAACAGCCUGCAGAAGGCCACACACAUGGUAGUCUCCCGUCUCUGCUUACACAACCUUCAAGUCAGUCAUCAAUGA